UUGCUCAGCGUCGGCCAUCUUGCCUCCCCUUGUCUGCCUCUUAGCAGGAGUGCGGAAGUGGAAACUUCACUGUGUGCGGGUGCAGGGUUCCGCCUGAAUCAUCAGACAGCACCUCUCUGCCCGUCACAGAUUAGUUUCCAUCAAAAUCGCACCCUUAAAUACUACCCGUAAAGCACACAAGAGAUGGCUGGACGGUUACCGGCAUGUGUAGUGGACUGUGGUACUGGAUACACAAAACUGGGCUAUGCAGGGAAUACAGAGCCACAGUUCAUUGUUCCAUCAUGUAUCGCCAUCAAAGAGUCGGCCAAGGUCGGGGACCAGGCCCAGCGCAGGAUGAUGAAGGGGGUGGACGACCUGGACUUCUUCAUCGGUGAUGAGGCCAUCGACAAACCGUCAUAUGCCACUAAGUGGCCGAUCCGUCACGGCAUCGUGGAAGACUGGGACUUGAUGGAGAGAUUCAUGGAACAGGUCAUCUUCAAGUACCUGCGGGCAGAACCUGAAGACCACUACUUCCUGUUGACAGAGCCUCCAUUGAACACGCCAGAGAACCGCGAAUACACGGCCGAGAUCAUGUUUGAGUCCUUUAACGUCCCAGGACUGUACAUCGCUGUCCAGGCUGUCCUUGCUCUGGCAGCCUCCUGGACCUCCAGACAGGUUGGAGAGAGGACACUCACGGGGACUGUGAUUGACAGCGGGGACGGGGUCACUCACGUCAUCCCAGUGGCAGAGGGCUACGUGAUUGGCAGCUGUAUAAAGCACAUCCCCAUCGCUGGGCGGGACAUAACCUACUUUACCCAGCAGCUCCUGCGGGAGAGGGAGGUGGGGAUUCCGCCAGAGCAGUCCCUGGAGACCGCCAAAGCAGUGAAGGAGCGCUUCAGUUACGUGUGCCCCGACUUGGUGAAAGAGUUCAACAAGUACGACACAGACGGGUCCAAAUGGAUCAAGCAGUACACCGGCAUCAACUCCAUCAGCAAGAAGGAGUUCACCAUCGACGUGGGCUACGAGCGCUUCCUGGGGCCCGAGAUCUUCUUCCAUCCCGAGUUUGCAAACCCAGACUUCACCCAGCCCAUCUCAGAGGUGGUGGACGAGGUCAUUCAGAACUGCCCCAUCGAUGUCAGACGCCCCCUCUACAAGAACAUCGUCCUCUCCGGAGGCUCCACCAUGUUCCGGGACUUCGGCCGGCGUAUGCAGCGGGACCUGAAGAGGACGGUGGACGCCCGGCUGAAGAUGAGCGAGGAGCUGAGCGGCGGGAAGCUGAAGCCGAAGCCCAUCGACGUGCAGGUCAUCACUCACCACAUGCAGAGAUACGCCGUCUGGUUCGGUGGAUCCAUGUUAGCCUCAACACCGGAAUUCUACCAAGUGUGUCACACCAAAAAGGAUUACGAGGAGAUCGGGCCCAGCAUCUGCCGCCACAACCCCGUGUUCGGGGUCAUGUCCUAGGCCCUGCCCCCAGCGCUGAGUAGGGAAAAGGAUUCUGGGGUGGG